AUGGGAUUCGCAGAUAAGAUUCAAAAUAAGUUCAAUAAGAAGGAUAUUGAAAACUACGACAAGCAAGGUGGUAAGGCUAUCGGUAAAGACAAUCUUUCUAGUAACUUAGACAAAGACACAAUUGCUGGAUACGCUGACCAAGCUGAUAAGAAGGGAGGUCAAGUACUCGGCCGUGAAAACUUAUCCGGCACCGAAGGUGGUAUUGGGAGCAAGUUUGCUGGAGGCAAAUCUGGUGAUGCUGCUGGCUCCUCAGGAGCCGCAGGUAGUUCAGGCCACGGUAAGGAAGCAGCAGCAGGUACAGCAGGUGUAGGUGCAGCAGGUGCAGGUGCAGGUGCUUAUGGUGCUUCUCAUGGUUCCUCUGGUAAGGAUGCAUACGGUUCUAGUGGCCAAGGCUCUUCUGGAGCUCAGGGAACUUCAGGAAGUGACACUUACGGUUCUAGUGGCCAAGGUUCUUCAGGAAGAGAUGCCUACGGUUCUUCUGGUGCUGGUACUUCUGGUACUACUUCCGGUAGAGAUGCUUACGGUUCUAGUGGCCAAGGCUCUUCAGGUAGAGAUGCCUACGGCUCCUCUGGUGCUGGUACCUCUGGUACUACUUCUGGAAGAGAUGCUUAUGGCUCUUCUGGUGCUGGUACUUCUGGUACUUCUUCAGGUAGAGAUGCUUACGGCUCUUCUGGUAACGAUGCCUACGGUUCUUCUAAUACCCACGGUUCUAGUGGCCAUGGUUCUGGUAGAGAUGCUUACGGUUCCUCUGCUCAAGGUUCAGGAUCUGGGUCUCAUGUAAAGGAAGCUGCUGCUGGUGCUGCUGGUGCUGCCGGUCUCGGUGGUGCCGCAGGAUAUGGUGCUUCUAAGCAUGGUUCUUCUAACACUGAUUCGUACGGUUCUAGUGGUCAAGGUUCUUCAGGAAGGGAUGCUUACGGUUCCUCUGGUUCCCACGGUGCAUCUGGUACCACUUCAGGUAGAGAUGCUUACGGCUCUUCCGGUGCUGGUACAUCUGGUACUACUUCUGGAAGAGACGCUUACGGCUCCUCUGGUGCUGGUACUUCUGGUACCACUUCCGGUAGAGAUGCUUACGGUUCUAGUGGCCAAGGCUCUUCAGGUAGAGACGCUUACGGUUCUUCUGGUACCUCUGGUGUUACUGGUUCCCACGGUGCUUCAGGAACUCAUGGUUCAUCCGGUAGGGAUGCUUAUGGCUCUUCAGGUAGUGAUGCCUAUGGCUCUAACACCCACAGCUCCGGCUCCCACGGUAAGGAAGCUGCUGCUGGUGCCACCGGUGCUGGUCUUGGUGGUGCUGCAGGAUAUGGUGCAUCCAAGCACGGAUCUUCCAACACUGACUCCUACGGUCAACAAGGUAAGAGUGCUGGGUCAGGUUCCGGUUCCGGUUCUGGUCUCGGUGGUUUCAGCACUGGUAAUGACAAGCUUGAUUCGAAGAUUGCUUCUUUAGAUGAGCCAGUUCAAGAACAAGCCAAGGAAGCUUUCCACAAGGGUUACAAGGAUGCUCAAAGCGCCUUCCGUGGUUAA